AUGCCGGUUUCAAGAUCAGAAGGGGCUUUAUCACAAACAAGAGCCCCUAACCUCUUGAGUUUACCUAUUGAGGCUCGAAACAGAAUCUACGAACAGGUGCUUACGGUACCACACCCGUUGUUUCUGUUUAAGGACCCGGGAUGUCCGGUAGCAACCUUUGCGCCGGAAAAGCCCCGUCGAUGGCUUUCACUGCUAUACACCAAUCGACAGAUAUCGGAAGAGGCGAGUGUGGUUCUUUACGGCAUGAACCAGUUCACGCUGGAAGAAAUGGAAACGAAGAACCGCCGGAGCGGUCUGCUCAGAUCCUUUCUCAACUGUAUCGGUCCCGUGAAUGCAGCCUCACUGUCCCAUCUAUGCAUCAACUUCCCAGCUAUGGAGCAGAUCGAGGGUCACUCGGAAGGGAUUAGGCUCGAAGAAGAUGGCCUGCAGACUUUGCAGCUACUCCAAAGGGAGUGUACUGGACUGCAAACACUGGAGCUUCUCUUAUUUUGA